GAGGGGGUCGCCGCCCCCCUCCCCCCACUUCCACCACCUCUUCGCUCUCCCGCCCGCCUCUUUUCCCCCUCACUCCUCCGGUCCCUCCUGCGUACACCCCGGCAUCGAUUGUUGACAAAAGACGGCGAGGAGAGACGAAGCGAAGGAGCCCGUUUCCCCACUUACAACCCCCCCUCCCGGGACACCCAAAUCUAACCGUUUUUCUUAGAGGGUGACCGACGGAGAAGACGGAACGGGAAGGCGGCUAAGCGAGCGGGGGAGCAUCACGGGGCUCCGCGAUUGUUGUUCAUCCGAACGUGACCCUCCGGAAGGUGUGGCCGAGGUGAUUCGGUUGUCGCUGGUGGUCUGACCGCAGCGGGCCCGGCGCGAAGCCCUCUUUCAACCCCCCCCCCCCCCCCCUCCACACACACACACCUGGAAGAAGACGAAAACAAAUUGAAAAUACGAGCAUAAAAAAAAAUGUGUCCCCCGCUGUGAGGGCUAGCACCAGUCGAGCUUCGGAGGAAAGGAGCGAGGAGGCGGCAGGGAGGGCCUCCUCAACCCGGAAUGGUGUGAGUUGACACGACCAGGCAAGUCUGGAUCUUAGCGGGGAGCCGUCCUUCCCCCGGAGCCUGCGCGGCCCGAAGCCGCGUGCCGAGCCCUCUAAGAUGGGGAAGUGCGACGGGAGAUGCACGCUACUGGUCAUAUGCUCCCUGCAGCUGGUGGCCGCCCUCCAGAGGCAGGUGUUUGACUUUCUGGGCUACCAGUGGGCACCCAUCCUGGCCAACUUCCUGCACACCAUGGCCGUCAUCCUGGGCAUGUUCGGCACCGUGCAGUUCCGCUUCAGAUACCUCAUCUUUUAUGCAGUGUGGCUGGUGCUGUGGGUGGGCUGGAACUCCUUCGUCAUCUGCUUCUACCUGGAGGUGGGCAACCUGUCUCAGGACAGGGACUUUCUCAUGACGUUCAACACAUCGCUACACCGUUCCUGGUGGAUGGAGCAUGGUCCCGGUUGCUUGGUGACGCCGGUGUUGGAUUCGCACUUGGCACCGGACGACCAUCACGUCAUCACCGUCUCCAGCUGCCUUUUGGACUAUCAGUACAUUGAAGUGCUGAGCUCGGCCAUCCAGGUCCUGUUGGCCCUUUUUGGUUUUGUGUACGCAUGCUACGUGAGCAAAGUCUUCCAGGAUGACGAGGACAGCUUCGACUUCAUUGGCGGUUUCGACUCAUACGGUUACCAGCCUCCACAGAAGUCCUCGCACCUCCAACUGCAGCCUCUCUACACGGCUGGCUAAUGGGCACUUGCGCCACCUUCAGGCUGAACAGUGCCACUGCGGAUGGAAACUGGUUAUGGCUCCCCCCCAAACAAAGGACUAGCUUAUCCUGCCCUGGAGAAGACGUGUGUGUGUGUGUGGGGGGGGGGGGGGGGGUGAGAGAGAGAGAGAGAGAGAGAGAGAGAGAGAGAGAGAGAGCGAGAGUAAGGCUACCAUCCCUGAAUGGAAUGUACCAAGCUCAGGGAUGAACCAGCAGGUCGGAAGGAUUGCCAGAAAGGAUGAACCGGAGUAAGGUGGCAGUCGAUUCACCACAGACACACGUCUUUACAAGUUAUCAACACAAAUGUUUGUAGUGUACUACAGGAUGUGUGUAUGUGUCACAGGAUUACACGGUGCUGUAAAAUGGCACCGCACACCAUUGUUGUUGUGGGAGGGAGGGUCACGUCAUUUAAAAAAAAAAAAAAAGAACAAA